GUUUUCAGUCAAGACCUUGAUUGACCGUUCCUGCUUUGAGACGAUAGAUGACUCUUCUCCUGAAUUUAAUAAUUUUGCAGCCAUUCUGGAACAGAUUCUAAGUCAUCGACUGAAAGGUCAGAUCACCUGGUUUGGUUAUGAAAGUACUCGUAGUUUUUGGGACUACAUUCGGGUGGCUUGCCGAAAAGUCUCUCACAAUUCCAUCUGCAGUAUUGAGAACAUGGAGAAUGUCGGUUCUUCUAGAGCUAAGGGUCGAGCCUGGAUCAGAGUAGCACUUAUGGAAAAACACUUGUCUGAAUAUAUUUCCACUGCACUGAGAGACUUCAAAACAACCAGGAGAUUUUAUGAGGAUGGAGCAAUAGUUCUUGGUGAAGAAGCAAAUAUGCUUGCUGGUAUGCUGCUGGGACUCAAUGCAAUUGAUUUCAGUUUUUGUCUGAAGGGUAAGGGAUUGGAUGGCACCUUUCCAGCUGUCAUAGAUUACACGCCCUACCUGAAGUUCAUCGAAAGUUCUGACAGCAUCAGCAGUGAUGAAGAAGAGCUGAGAACACUGGGCAGUAGUGGCAGUGAAGGCAGUACUCCAGAGAACAUUGGUUCUGUCAUCGUGGAUGAACACAGUUGGUACAACAAAUGCAAAAGGGUAGAACAGAAGUACCGCCUCGCGUUGGAACAGAAGGGUUAUCUUGAGGAGCUGGUACGACUCAGAGAAAACCAGCUAUCUGAAUCUGUCUCACAGAAUAAACUGCUCCUACAAAGAAUUGAAGAUAUGGAUCUAGCCCAUAAAAUGGAGAAGGAACAGCUGGAAUAUAUCAUUAUGGAACUGCAAGACCAGUUGACUGUGCUAAAGAAUAAUGACUUGAGAUCAAGACAAGAAUUGACUACUCACCUCACCAAUCAGUGGCCUUCCCCAGGAGCUCUGGAUGUCAAUGCUGUUGCCUUGGACACUCUACUCUAUAGGAAGCACAGUCAGCAAUGGGAUGAGAAAAGUUUUCAAAGUUUGGACCAACUUUCAGCAGACGUCAGCCUUUCUCAAACCUCUCUGGAUCCAGGUCACUCACAGGACGGAAAGCAGGAUGGAAUAAACUUGUUAAACGAAGGAAAGGAGGACACUCCGUCACUGCUUGGUCUUUGUGGUUCUCUUACUUCAGUGGCAAGCUAUAAAUCUCUCACAAGUCUGAAAUCAAGUGAAUAUCUUGCAAGUCCCACAACAGAGAUGACAAGUCCAGGCUUAACACCAUCUUGAGAUGCACGCAAGCAGGAAGGACUUUAUGUUGUAUGCAUUUGGUUUAUGUUCCACAAUAUGACUUCCAAUGAAGACUGCUAGUUCAAAGGCAAAAAUAAGCUGCUUUAUUUUUUCUUCUCGUGGUUACCUGUUUAAUUCUCCAAGUUUUCAUUCCAGCUUUUCUUCCCCCCGAGGGCUUUUUCAAAUUUCCUGCUUUAGUCCUGAAUUGUUUAACUCUUGGUCAGGUACAGGACACGCAUUCUGACGCUUCUGACUGAUUUUUGAAAUGAAGCACUUGGAAAUCAGUCUCCUACUUAACUGCCACAACCUUUGUUUCUCCUUGCAGUGGUUAUCAGCCUGGCUCUACUAUAGCCUGGUGCUUCUCUUCAGUGCUCUAAAUAUCAACUUUUGCAGAAGAGACAGGAAAACUUAAAGCCAGUCUUUGUAGGCAAAUAAAUAUUUUACUUAAAAAUCCAUAUUUUCAUCUGUGUGUGUUACAUAGGACCUCAAAUAGCGUAUUUAACCUGUCAAGAGCUCUUCUCAAGUUGAUUCAGUGUUAGAUUUUGCAUUCCUAUUAGCAUCAUGGCAGUAAUGAGACAGCUGAAUCACACUGAAGAACCACACUGAAGCACUCUUAGUAAUUCUUGAAGUUGCAUGACAGUAACAAAUGUAAGUUGAUCAUCUAAGUCAAGCAUACUUAGCAAAUUGUAAAUAUUGAGGAAGCUUGCCAAAUUUCAAGCUUUUGAGUGACCUGGCUUACAGAUAAUUUAAUAUUAUAUGAGAAAUUUCUUGGCUUAUUGGUCUUACUGGAAAAAGAGGGACUGAGGAAGAUGGGGUUAGCUCCUUGCAAAGUUUGGCUCGUAUUUAUUGGCAAGAUUACAGUUACAGUUGGUUUGCCUCUUGUAAUGGUACCUUGGCACUACUACAACAGUCUGGUCAUUGUAAGGUGGGCUGGAAAGAAAGAGCAUUCACUCUCACCUUUACAAAAAUCACUGAAAACAUUCAGCUAAGCAGAGUGAAAAAGGGGAAACAAAGGCAAUGUAAUGACAGUAUUCUCAUGCUAAGGGUUGUUCUCAUUUCUGUAGUAGUGCAGUAGGUAUUUUCCUUGAUUAGGUAAUACAGCAGAACUUACUUAGGUCAGUUUUCUCAAAUUAUUUGCCAUUGAUUUAAAUUACUGAUACAAACAGCCUGUAACAUUUUUUUAAAUGAAACUAACUUUCCAGAUUAGUCUACAGUUUCAAAGUUUGCAAACUAAUUUUUUGAAUUGCAAACUAUAUUCUUAAUUCUUUGUAAGAUAUAAUGGAUCCUUUAUCUAAGAAUUUUGCUAAUCAAGGUAAUGCUUCUCAAUAUGAUUAGUAACUUUUUAAACAAAUCUUAAGUGCAUGUAAGUAUGUUGUAUUUAUAAGUGCUAGGGAAAAUGCUUUUUUUGUGCCAAAGAAGUUUCAUAAAUUGUUUACAUGAUAGUUGCAAUACAAGACGGAUUUUCAAUUGCUUACUCUCAGAUGUUUACAGUACGUCACUACACUGUGUGGUUUUAGUUGGUUUGCCUCUUGUAAUGGUACCUUGGCACUACCACAAUAAUCUUCUCGUUGUAGGGUGGGCUUGAAAGAAAAAGAAUUCACUCUCACCUUUACUAAAACCACUGACAGCAUGAGCCUCACUCUUAGAGAGGCUGAAGUCUCUGUAACUUGAGGCACUGCUGGAUUUUGCUGCGUGUGGUUCAAGAUGUAUCUGCUGAGCUCUAGCCCAUGGUGCAGGAGGUUACUGUGUCCAUGGAGAAAACAAGGGUGGAGGCCAUUCCUACAGGAAAUUUUACAGCGGCUUAGCAAAAUCCUACAGGCCUUAUUUUUUUUUAAUCCCUCAUGAAACCAUUCAAUUAAUUUCUCUGUAACGAACUCAGAAUAUCACAUCCUUUCACACACUGUCAGAAUGUCCAUUCCUUCUUGUAACUGUUUUUGGUUGUUACACUUAAGUACCUGUUCUCUCCUGGUAGUUGAGUAACAUUAAAUACUGAUUUAUAAGUUAAAGAGUGCAUGUCUGCUGUGAAUACUAUACAAGGGAAUCCAGAUUCCAAAGUUAACAUCCUCCAUCGAGGUGUAGUGAUUUAAUCAGUCUUGUUUGCUGUUAAAUGCUUCUCCCACUUCAUCAGUGUUUUGGAGGGGACUAUGAUCAUGAUCUUCAGUCAUGUUAGCUGAUGGCUCUUUUCUUGGAGCUACUGGUGUGAAAUUCACGUGUCAUUUAACUGAAGUCUUUUAUGUAGUCUGACACUGCUGUGAGUUUCUGGGUGUCAUUUUGUGCAUGGGAAAUCGCUGUGUGUCUUUCUCAGUUUUAAACAUUAAUCAUUUUUCAGAAAAAAAAAAACCACACUGAAAAAAAUGCCCAAACUGUAUGUUUUGUUGCCUUGACGUUCCAUGAAUGUUGCAUGUAAAUUAAACAUUUUGUAUCAUCGUU